AUGUUACUGUUUGCUCACCGUUUGCCAAGACGUCCAUCAGCCACAACCUCAAGCUCAACUUUCAACUUUCAAGAGUCUCAUCGACGGCCAAGGCGAUCAUUGCGUGGGAGACACGACGAAAGAGCUGGGAUCAGAACCAACUUUUUAUUCAUGACCCUCGCAACGCCUAUCCCGCUCAUUUUAGCCAAUCACCCUGCAGGAAAGGAAUAG